UCUAAGCUUCAAAUAUUUGCAAGAUUCGAGAACUAUUGAGAAAACAGGAAACUAUAAAUCAAUCGGAUGACAGGAUACUUCGCAGGAGUGAUGAGAGCCAGCACAGUCUUUAGAAACGGUCUCUAUCUCGCGCACGUUGCACCGAUAUGAAGCUGAAGGUGACAGAAACUUUUGUUCGCGUGUGGCCCCAGUGGGCCACCUGCGUGACAGUGACCCUAUUAUCUAUCAGUGUGGGAUUGAAGAUUGGAUGGACAUCCCCUUAUCUGGCCCAAUUGACCAAAGAAGACUCGCCACUGCACAUAACGGAUGACGAGGCGACAUGGAUAGUUUCUCUGCUUCCGUUCGGACGAUUAUUCGGUGCCAUGGUUGGCUACGUCGCUAUGGAAUAUUACGGCAGCAAAAGAUCUCUGUUAAUCUCGGGUAUACCUAUCAUGAUCAGCUGGAUUUGUAUAAUAUUCGCCAAUUCGGCUGUCUGGCUCUACGUAUCUAGACUUUGCGCAGGUAUGUGCUUCGGCAUGUUCUACGGUUGCUUCGCCAUGUACAUGGGCGAGGUGGCGGCACCUGAAAUUCGCGGCGCCCUGGUAAGCACGAUAAUAAAUGGACUUCCGUUCGGGACGUUGAUCGGGAGCAUAAUGGGCAGUCAAGUGUCCAUGAUGUGUUUCGGGCUUGUAAGUCUGGUUUUGGCCAUCUGCUUCAUGAUGAUCUUCCCGCUGUUGCCUCAAUCGCCGCAUCACUACGUGCGCAACAAUAAUUCGAUCGAGGCGAGGAAAACUAUUCAAUGGUAUCAUCGGAAAUCGAACGUGAACAUGGAACUGGAAGUGAUCGAGAAUUUUGUGCGAUCCUCCGGAUCGAUGAACUUCCGCCACAAACUCAAACACAUCACGGAGAAGAAGAACAGACGUUCGUUGAUUUUGAUCAUCUUUCUCUACAUCUUCAUGCAACUCAGUGGGGUAAACACCGUCACGUACUAUAUGGAAAUUAUCAUCAGAAAGGCGAAAGUGACGAUACUGGAACCGGCCACUAUUGUGAUCAUCGUCAAUGGAAUCGGUAUAGCGGUUGGCUGGAUCAGCGUGUAUCUGAUCGAUCGAUACGGCAGAAGGGUUCUCAUGGCGGUGUCAUGCGGCUGCGUAAUCAUCGGAAUGGUGCUACUGGGAUUACACUUUAUGUUAUUGGAACAGAAUUUCGACUCAAAAAAUCUGGAAUGGUUGCCGAUCCUGGCCAUGAUAUUUUACGUGAUGAUAUCUAUCGGUCUGAUACCAGUUCCGAGCACUCUACUCAGCGAGUUUUUCCCGGAUGAUUUAAAAAGUAUCGCUGGAUUCGCCGUGAGCAUCACAUCCGCGUUAUUCGCGUUCGUCUCCAGCGCAACCUAUCAGCCGAUGAUCGAUCUCACGAGCGAAAAAUAUGUUUACUGGAUGUACGCGAUGAUCAUGAUCGUGUGCAUGAUUUAUUCGUUUACGGAAAUACCGGAAACCAAAGGGAAGACUUUGCAGAACAUUCACUAUGACCAUGGCAAUAGAUGGAAAAUUAACAAGCAAAAGAAUACUUUGGCCCCAAUGGAUAGCCGGAUUUGGAGUUUUGUUAUUAGGAACCGAGGUGGGAUUGAUGGGAGGUUGGUCCUCUCCGUACAUCAGCGAAUUAAUAUCUCCGAAUUCUUCGUUCACAAUUACGAUGUCAGAACUAUCUUGGGUCGUAUCGCUGUUCAAUCUCGGCAGAUUGACGGGCUGUAUCAAAGGUGCUCUGUGCAGCGGCUAUUUUGGCAGUGAAAAGACGAUUCUGAUCUCUAGUAUGCCUAUCACGUUGAGCUGGCUCUUCAUCAUCCUGGCUAACAGAGUGGAAUGGAUAUACAUCGCGAGAUUCCUUGGUGGCCUCAGCCUGGGAAUGGUUUACUCCUGCUAUUCCUUAUAUCUGGGCGAAAUAGCGAACCCUGAUAUAAGAGGAGCGUUAGUCGCAAUGGGUACCACUGGAUUACCAAUAGGGAACCUUCUAAUGAGCGUCAUGGGAGCGUAUUUGUCGAUGUACACAUCGGCUUUGAUAGCUCUAAUUUCCUGCAUCGUGAUUAUAAUCAUUUUCGUCUGGUUGCCAGAAUCGCCUUACUACUUGAUAAAGAAAAAAUUAGACGAGAAAGCGAAACACUCGAUCCAAUGGUAUCACAGGGAUUGCGACGUGGAGCAGGAGUUCAAGGAGAUGCAAAUAUUCGUCGAGAGUCUCAAUAGACAAUCGUUGUUGGACACUUUGAAGGAAUUCAAGAUUUUUCAUUACAGAAAGUCAAUAACCAUAGUCUCGAUUCUUAUCGUGUACAGUCAAUUGUCCGGGAUAAACAGUAUUCUAUUUUAUAUGGAGUCGAUUUUAACCACGGCGAAGGUCAGUGUCAUAGAACCCGCGCAAGUGGUGAUAAUAGUGAUGACGGGUGGUGUUGUUGCAUCGUGUUUAUCGAUAUUCCUGCUGGACAGAUUCGGAAGGAAAUUUCUGAUGAUCGCGUCCUGCAGCGCGAUCCUCCUGUCUUAUAGUAUUUUGACACUCGAGUUUCAUUUGUUGGAUUUCGGCUUCGAUUCGGAAAAAGUGGAAGGAUUGGCGAUCAUUGGAAUGAUAUUAUUUUACAUAUCUAUAUUUACGGGCAUCAUUCUCGUCCCAUCGACGAUGAUGGGUGAAAUUUUCCCUCCACAUCUCAAGUGCAUCGCUGCAUGCAUCGUCAGUAUCUCGGGCUCUGUAAUCGCUUUCCUCUCCACGCUUACUUAUUUAACACUGCUCGAUUUUAUGACCGAGAAAUACUUAUUCUUGUUCUACGGUUUGCUCGUGGCCUCGUGCAUACCGUUCACCCUAUUCCUUGUGCCUGAGACGAAGGGACUAUCCUUGCAAGAGAUUCAGAAUAAGUUGAUGGGGAAGGACGACAACGACAAAGCGUUACGUGCGUCCACGUGCAUCGAUAAAGAUAAAUUUUCUCAAGAACGAAAUUUCGGACUAUACGUGAUCUCACGUGAUGAUUAACGUAAUGGUAUAUCACAUCGCAUAUUGUGCAAUUAACAUAGAGAGAACUUGUAUUUACCACUGAUUUGUAAAUACCAUUCAAGAGUGUAACGUUUUUUUCUUAAGUAAAUGAUAAUAUAGACUGUGAUAUUAAUAUAUCGACGGAA